AUGGAGAAAAAGAACGAAAAUAAGAUUGAAAGAAAGGGAUUAACUGUGGAGGUUGAUAAAACUCUUUUCGCGCAGCGGAAGAAUCAUGCUGAAAAAAUGUUGGAGCAGCAGUGGUGCUUUGGAAGGAUCUGCAGGGAUACCAAAGAAUGUUUUGUGGAACCUGUUACAGAUAAAACUUCAGAGACUUUAAUGGAGAUGCUGAAAAGAAGGAGGGGAUACUCCCAAGUAAGUGCUUCUGAGUAUGAGCACUUAAAGGUGAACCACAAGUAUAAUUUUGUAGAUCCACUGACAAAUGCUCAUACCCAGAACAUUGAAAGGGUCUGGAAGUCAAUGAAAAAGAAGUCCAAGAGUAAGAAUGGGACUCGCAGAAGCAUGUUGGAGGGAUACAUGCAUGAACUUACUUGGAGAAAGAAAAAUAAAGAUAAUGAAUUUGAGUUUAUUUUAAGGGACAUUGUUAUCUUUAAUGACUUUUUAAAUGAGUAA